CCAUGGCACCGCCCCUCUCAUGGACGGCUCCGAUCCACCCGCCGCCGCCUCCGACUCCGCCGGCGACGACGAGCCAGCGACCGCGCCCGCGCCCCAGCCGGAGCGGUGCGAGGCUCUGGCCGCGGCCAUCGCGGGGGUGCUGGGCGGCGCGCUCCAGGAACACGAGGCGAGCGCCGCGGCCACCGCUCGGAGCCAGGACGAGCUCGCCGCCGCCGUCGACCGGCUCAACGGAGAACUAGACAAGCUAUUAGAAAAUGCACCCUCUCCGGUUAUAAUGCAACAAGCCGCAAGGAUUUCUUCUAUCCGCAAGAGAGUUUUAGCACUGAAUAUGCUCCUGCGCUCCAUACAAAGACGUAUAGAUAACAUCGAUAGAAUUGUUUCUACUGGUGUAACAAGUGAUCAUUCAUCACAUGUACAGUUACACAGCCAUAAUUGAAGUUUGAUUGAGGGUUUGAAGUUGUCUGUCAUGUGUACACCAUUUCUGUCUUGGAGAGUUGUCGUUUCAAGUUCUGCUGUAUGCAACAUUUCAUAUGUUUGUGCAUAAAAGUGAAGAGUAUUAUUGGUAGUUUGACUUUCAUCUCCAAAGAUGUGUAUCACUUAGACAGCAAGACACUCAUUUCUUUUUGUCGUCUAAUAGAGCGGGAUUAAUUUUCGUUGGUUCAAUUGUUCCCUUUUCUUUUGCAGACAGUGAAAUGUGCACCUGUACUGUCGAAUAUUAGAUAAGGCCCCCUUUGAUUCGAAGGAAAUCCAUAGGAAUUUUGAUUUCAUUCCUAUAGGAAUUUUUUUCUACAAAGCCCGAUGAAUCAAAGGAAUGAAUCCUAUGAAAUCCUAUGGAAUGCUUCUUCGUGUAGAAGUUUAGGCUCUUAGAAGUUUUGGAGGAAAU